GCUUCGUCGAGUAAGUGAAGAUGAACAGUCGGUGAAAGGCUAAGGCUAAAUCGGUCGUUUUCCUUUUUUUCUUUCGAUUUGUGUUUUUUUUAUUUCCUUAUCGUAUCGUUUCGAUUCUGUGUCCGAUUUUGUUGUAGAAGAGGCGAAUCGGAGAGCACGAGGUUGCCGUGAGCGAAGAUGGGGAUAAGUCUCGAGGAAAUCAAGAAGGAGAAUGUUGAUCUGGAGAAAAUCCCGAUCAGGGAAGUGUUCGAUCAGCUGAAAUGCAGCCGGGAGGGGCUGACAAGUCAGGAAGGCAACAACCGGCUGCAAAUCUUCGGACCGAACAAGUUGGAAGAGAAGAAGGAAAGCAAACUCCUCAAGUUCCUCGGGUUCAUGUGGAACCCUCUCUCAUGGGUAAUGGAGGCCGCCGCCAUAAUGGCAAUCGCUCUUGCCAACGGCGGCGGGAAGCCUCCCGACUGGCAGGACUUUGUCGGAAUCAUCUGUUUGCUCGUCAUCAAUUCCACCAUCAGUUUCAUCGAAGAGAACAACGCCGGCAACGCUGCCGCUGCCCUUAUGGCAGGCCUCGCGCCGAAAACUAAGGUCCUUAGAGACGGGCAGUGGAGCGAGCAGGACGCGGCGAUCCUGGUCCCGGGAGACAUAAUCACGAUCAAGCUCGGCGACAUCAUUCCCGCUGACGCUCGUCUCCUCGAGGGCGACGCGCUGAAAGUUGAUCAGUCGGCGCUUACGGGGGAGUCGUUACCGGUGACGAAGAACGCGCAUGAGGAGGUCUACUCGGGGUCGACGUGCAAGCAGGGGGAGAUCCAGGCAGUGGUCAUCGCGACGGGGGUGCACACGUUUUUUGGGAAGGCGGCGCAUCUCGUCGACAGCACGAACCAGGUGGGUCACUUCCAGAAGGUUCUGACAGCGAUCGGGAACUUCUGCAUUUGCUCGAUUGCCAUCGGGAUGUUGAUCGAGAUCGUCGUGAUGUACCCGAUCCAGCACCGGCAGUACCGGAGCGGGAUUGACAAUCUCCUCGUCCUCCUCAUCGGCGGAAUCCCGAUCGCGAUGCCCACCGUGCUGUCUGUCACUAUGGCGAUCGGAUCGCACCGGCUGUCGCAGCAGGGUGCCAUUACUAAGCGAAUGACUGCGAUCGAAGAAAUGGCCGGGAUGGACGUUCUGUGUAGCGACAAGACGGGGACGUUGACUCUCAACAAACUUACCGUCGACAAGAACUUGAUCGAGGUUUUCACCAAGGGCGUUACGCCGGAUGAAGUUCUGCUCUAUGCAGCGAGAGCUUCUAGAACCGAGAAUCAAGAUGCUAUUGACGGCGCCAUCGUUAACACCCUCGCUGAUCCAAAAGAGGCGAGGGCCGGCAUUCGCGAGGUUCAUUUUUUUCCGUUCAACCCUGUCGACAAGAGGACGGCCUUGACUUACAUCGACGGUAAAGGGAACUGGGAACGAGCUAGCAAAGGAGCACCCGAGCAGAUCUUGACUCUCUGCAACUGCAAGGAGGACAUGAAAAAGAAGGUUCACGGCGUCAUCGACAAGUUUGCCGAGCGUGGUCUACGAUCCUUGGCCGUUGCAAGACAGCAAGUGCCGGAGAAAUCGAAGGACUCGCCCGGCGGUCCAUGGCAAUUUCUCGGGCUUUUAUCGCUCUUCGAUCCUCCGAGACAUGACAGCGCGGAAACCAUCCGCAGAGCUCUAAAUCUCGGUGUAAAUGUCAAAAUGAUUACCGGCGAUCAGCUUGCGAUUGCGAAGGAGACCGGACGUAGGCUUGGAAUGGGAGUAAACAUGUACCCGUCGGCUUCUUUGCUCGGCCAACACAAGGACGAGUCAAUAGCUGGCCUCCCGGUGGAGGAACUGAUAGAGAAGGCAGACGGCUUUGCCGGGGUCUUUCCAGAGCACAAAUACGAGAUCGUGAAGAAGCUGCAAGAACGGAAGCAUAUCGUCGGCAUGACGGGAGACGGUGUCAACGAUGCUCCUGCGCUGAAGAAGGCCGACAUCGGCAUUGCCGUCGAUGAUGCUACAGAUGCUGCGAGAAGCGCUUCCGACAUCGUCUUAACCGAACCCGGUUUGAGCGUUAUCAUCAGCGCCGUGUUGACGAGCAGAGCGAUCUUCCAGAGAAUGAAGAACUACACGAUAUACGCCGUCUCGAUCACCAUCCGUAUUGUGUUUGGUUUCAUGUUCAUCGCCUUGAUCUGGAAGUUCGAUUUCUCGCCAUUCAUGGUCCUGAUCAUCGCCAUUCUGAACGACGGUACGAUUAUGACGAUCUCCAAGGAUAGAGUGAAGCCGUCUCCAAUGCCGGAUAGUUGGAAGCUGAAGGAGAUUUUCGCCACUGGAAUAGUUCUCGGAGGCUAUCUUGCGGUGAUGAGCGUCAUCUUCUUCUGGUUAAUGCACAAAACCGACUUUUUCUCUAGAACGUUUGGAGUUCGCAACAUCGGUCAGAGUGAGGAGGAAAUGAUGGCUGCAUUGUACCUGCAAGUGAGCAUCGUUAGCCAAGCACUUAUCUUCGUGACAAGGUCGCGCAGCUGGUCGUUUCUUGAACGUCCCGGAUUGAUGCUUGUCUUCGCCUUCUUAGCCGCGCAGCUGAUUGCGACUUUUCUAGCCGUGUACGCGACCUGGCCUUUUGCGAAGAUCAAAGGUUGCGGCUGGGGAUGGGCCGGAGUGAUCUGGAUUUACAGCAUCGUGUUCUACAUCCCCCUCGACAUCAUGAAGUUCGCCAUCCGCUACGCCUUGACCGGAAACGCCUGGAAAACUCUGUACGAGAACAAGACUGCAUUCACGACGAAGAAAGAUUUCGGGAUAGAGGAACGGGAGGCACAAUGGGCGCUCGAACAGCGAACGGUGCAUGGACUUCAGACGAAGGAAGCUGCGAAUCUGUUCCAGGAGAAGAGCAAUUACAGAGAAUUAUCCGAAAUAGCAGAGCAGGCCAGGAGGAGAGCUGAGAUUGCUAGGCUCCGGGAGCUGCACACGCUCAAGGGCCACGUUGAGUCGGUCGUGAAGCUUAAAGGGCUCGACCUGGAGACGAUCCAGCAACACUACACCCUCUGAUUAGUAUCGACAAAAAAAAUGAAAUGACUGUAGGUGAGGAAAGGAGUGAGUAUUCGUACCUCAAGUAAGAAAUUUCAACCUUAUUGAGAACAUAGCUUUUUUAUCUCUUCCCGUUGUCGUUGGAUAGCCUAAGCGAUCCCAACUUUGCUGCUAUCUGUCGUAUGCUCGAUUUCGAAUAAGAUAUAUAUAUAUGACAUUUAGACGAGGAUA